AUGCUCCUAGAAAAUUCCCAAAUAUAUGAUCAAAACACAAUUAGUACCACCAUUCACAGUUCAGACAUCUCCCCGGCUCGCCAUCCGCCGUCCGUUCAGGGUUUGAAAAUGGGCAGCAGCUCGUCAGAAGCCGAGUACAAUGCCUUCUUGAAGAAAGUUCAAAGGACAAUCUAUGUCGAUAACUUAUCCCCCCAAGUUACUGAAAUGGUCAUGAGGGCUGCUUUCGAGCAGUUUGGGGAAGUGGUCAGCAUUCAAUUCAUCCAGAACUAUUUCGAGCCGAAAAACAUGCCUGUAGCCGCACUGGUCGAGAUGGAGAGCCCAAAGCAGGCCCAAGCUAUAGUGGGCCAAAUGGAGAACUACCCGUUCAUGGUGUUGGGCAUGCCCAGGCCCAUCAGUAUUCAAGAAAAACCCCUCGACGUUUGCACUUACCUUGCAGAAGCCUACCUUCAAGAAGAAUUGCAGUGUCGAUCCAUUUGUAAGGCAAAAGGCGAACCGCAAAGCGCUAUUUGUAAUUCUAAACGGUAA